AUGUCUUCAGUCUCAGCUUAUUACAACGGAAAGACCGUACUUAUCACAGGAGCUACAGGUUUCAUGGGCAAAGUACUGGUGGAAAAGCUUCUGCGCUCCAGCCCUGAUGUAAAAGCAGUUUAUAUACUUGUCAGGCCAAAGGCUGGACAAUCAAUGCAAGAGAGAGUGGCCAACAUGUUGAAAUGCAAGGUCUUUGACAGGGUCCGAGAAGAUUGCCCUAAUUUCCACGAGAAGAUUAAGCCAAUUAAUGCUGAACUCACUCAGCCCAAGCUGGCCAUCAGUGCUGAAGAUGAGGAGGAGCUUCUGGCCCGGGUCAAUAUUAUCUUCCACUGUGCAGCAACAGUUCGUUUUGAUGAACCCCUGAAACAAGCCGUCCAGCUGAACGUGAUGGGCACGCAGCGGCUUCUGGAGCUGGCCCAGCAGAUGCAGAACCUGGAGGCCUUCGUCCACAUCUCCACUGCCUAUGCAAACUGUGUCAGGAAGUGCAUAGAUGAAGUCAUCUACCCACCCCCGGCUGAGCCCAAGAAGCUCUUCGAUUUAGUAGAGUGGUUGGAUGAAUCUAUCAUUCAAGACAUCACACCGAAGUUGCUUGGGGACUGGCCCAACACUUACACCUACACCAAAGCCUUGUCAGAAUACCUGAUUCAGCAAGAGAAAGGAAACUUGAACAUUGCUAUCAUCAGGCCAUCCAUCGUGGGAGCUAGCUGGCAUGAGCCUUUCCCUGGUUGGAUUGACAGCUUCAACGGGACAAGUGGAAUAUUUGUUGCGGCAGGCAAGGGGAUCCUGCGGAGCGUCAUUGCCAACAACGAAGCGGUGGCCGACAUGAUCCCGGUAGACGUGGCCAUCAACUUCACCCUGGCAGCUGGGUGGUACACAGCUGUGCACAGACCAAAAAACUUGUUGGUGUGCAACUGCACAACAGGUGGAAUCAACCCUUUCUUCUGGGGAGAAAUGGAGCAGUAUGUCAUAUCCACCUUCAAAAGGAACCCACUGGAGCAGGCCUUCCGAGCACCCAACGCUCACUUGACAUCCAACUACUUGAUAAACCAGUACUGGGUGACUGUCAGCCACAAGGCUCCGGCCAUGCUCUACGACCUGUACAUGAGGCUCACGGGGAGAAAGCCCAGAAUGAUGAAGAUUAUCAAUCGACUGCACAAAUCUAUGAUGCUCCUGCAGUAUUUCUCCACCCAGUCCUGGGAUUGGUCUUCAGAUAAUAUGAAUAUGUUAAUGAGUCACCUGAACACAGAGGACAAAAAGGUAUACAAUUUUGAUGUUCGUCAGCUGCACUGGUCAGAAUACAUUGAAAGCUACUGCCUAGGUGCUAAGAAGUACUUGCUAAAUGAGGACAUGGCUGGCAUUCCAGCAGCAAAGCAGCAUUUACGAAAGCUGAGGAACAUCCAAUAUGCAUUCAACACCACCCUCCUGGUGAUCAUCUGGCGCAUUUUCAUUGCAAGGUCACAGAUGGCUCGAAACAUCUGGUACUUUGUAGUGAGCCUCUGCUAUAAGUUCCUUUCCUACUUCAGGGCAUCCAGCACCCUCAGGCACUGAAGCCAUCCAUCAGCAACCAGCCUCUUCCCAAAGGACCUCCAUCUCCUCUGAUCAGCAGCCUAUGGGCAUCGGGGGCUGAAAGUAGCAGAAAAGUCCACACCCUCCA